AGCAGAGAGAGAGAGAGAGAGAGAGAGAGAAAAUAGAGAGAGAGAGAGAGAGAGAGAGAGAGAGGGAGCAAACAUGACAUGAGCAGCGCGCUGAACACAAGAAGCACUGUGUUCACCCUCUCGCAUAUACCUGCACUAAUCGCAGAGCUGGUGUUUUGGAAGUGACGGACAGUGUGUGGAUGAGUGUGUGAGGGCGAGCGAGCAGCCGGUGCGCAAAAAAAAGCGGAUUGUUGGACAGGAGCAGGGCGGUGUGUACACCACUGUGGAUUCAGCUGUGGAAGAAACCGCCUUUCAUCUUGCAGUGAACCGCAGAGAGAAGCGAGACAGACAGAGGGAGCGGGAACGAGGCUCCCCGAGAGACUGACAGGCUGAGGUAGACGGGCCGACCUACAUCCUGCUGUUUGCAUGGAGAACUAGGACACCUCGCCGCCUGCCUAGCUCAGUGUGCUGUUUUUUAUGCUAAACCUUCAAAAACCAACAGCAGAACACCAAGAGGAAAAAAAGACAUUUGCCUCAUCCGAUCAACUUUAAAGGACAUUUGUGCUUUUUCAAGACUGAUCUGAUCCAUUGAGGGUCUAUGAUACUACCAACAACCCUUCAAGUGGAUAAAUGAGCGUUGCUGAGCUCCAGCUGUUCUUUAUCUUUUUGGCUAACUUGGGCACUUGAUUCCCCGUCUGUCAGAACCACACUAAUUCUGCAAUAAACAGACCAAGAACUUUCAAAGGUUGUUUUCAUCACCACCCCUCCUUCCCUUGACCUCUGACCUGGUUCUUCCCCAAUCGCCCAAGAAACAUUUCAAACUGGCUGCCACAAGACAAGAAUGGAAAAUCUGACUUCAGCUCUGAAAACUUUAAACAAAAACUCAGGGAAUAACCUAAACUGCCUUGAGAACUCCUUUGAUGGUUACGAAGAGUCUGCUUCUGUUCAAGGGAGUCCAACUCGACUAGGCCGCCUCAUCAAGCCCAAACCCAAUAUGACUUGCAGACGAAAGCGCGAGUUUAUCUCUGAUGAGAAAAAGGACGCCUCCUAUUGGGAGAAACGCCGCAAAAACAACGAGGCUGCCAAGCGCUCCCGGGAGAAGCGACGUCUCAAUGAUAUGGUUUUGGAGAACCGAGUCAUUGCACUGAAUGAUGAAAAUGUGAGGCUCAAGACAGAGCUGCUCCAGCUGAAGCUGCGUUUUGGCCUUAUAAGCACUGCCUCCUACAUUGAAAAGAGCCAGCAGAUUGGUGGAAACAAUUCGGGAAGUGGAGGCUCCUCCUCUACCCCUUCAAAUCAGUACUACUCCAGUGGUUACUCUAGUGGUUCUCAGGUGAUGAUGAACUCUGAUUCCUCUGAAACAGAGCAGUCGGGACGCAGUGAGGGCCACAGGCAGAUGGUGAAAUACUCGCCACGAGGCUCCCUCUCUGACAUGUCUGACGGCUCCUCUAGGGACAGUCCUGAGCCAAUUCCUUUUGAGAUAAAACAAGAAGGUGACAGGCUAGAGAUGGACAUUGCCAAUGGCACCACCACCCAGAUCAUGUUCAACAUCCACCGUGGUCUGGCCUCUGUGCCCACUCAUCACCAGAUCCAGCAGCAUACUCAGGAGCUGGAGGCUGCAUAUCACAGCCAACAGCAGCAGCAGCAGCACCAACUUCACCAACAACAACCGGCCCAUCAGGAGGCUGUUACGGCCAUCAACACUGUCAGUCAGCCUGCCCCUCAUCCACCUGCUGCCCAGAGGAGCGUCAUUCUUUAUGGCUCCAGCAGCGCCUCCUAUCCUGUGGACACACUGACGAGGCCCAAGGACAUUGAUCUGCAGGCAGCCCAAAGGCAAAGCAGCAGCCAACUGUCCCAGGCCGUUACAGAAAGCUCCACGGAGACACUGGCUGAGGUGACGAAACAGCUGGAGAGGAAGACAUUAGACUCCCCGCCAUAUGAGUUCCCAGACAGCCGUAAUGAGGCUGGAGAGAGACAGGUGUACAGGCUUUGCCAACUUCCCCAGCAACACCUACAACAGGAGCGGCAGCAACUCCAGCAAGAGGGCGAUUCGUCUGCAGAGCUCCUCCACAAACAAGUGGAUGGGGUCAACCACUCCCACCUAUACCACCAUCUCCAGCAGCCACAUCAUGCUUACCUCAGUGCCCAAGACGAGGAGCCACCUGUGCUUACCUAUGAGGGUGGGCCCAGGAGCGAGCCUUGCUACCAAGGCCAGUUAAGCUCCUCUGGCAAGGACACUUCAUCCAGUGACGGUGAUCCCCGCAGCUCUGACAAAGAGGCCUCCACGGAUGACGAUGAGUCCCCCUCCUCAUCUUGCUCAGAUAUGGGCAGCUACCAUAACCAACAUCUUACCGGCGUCCACCAGCCUGCCUCACCUCUGCCCUACUCCCAGCUGUGCCCUCAGGCCCAGGGCCGGGAUCCCCACGGGGAGGUGAAGGGCACAGCAUUGCCUCACAAACUCAGACUCAAACACCGUGCCAUGAGCACCGGGAGCAGCGGCAACUGUUCCGGCCAGGAUUCCCCAACAACCCCUCCCUCCGCAACACCGCCUCCCCUGCCCCAGCACCCCUACCUUUCCCUCAUGCCACAGCAGAACAUUCAGCGAGAGAGCCCUGGCAUAGCCUUUAAACAGGCUGCAUCAGGGGAGGGGGCCAGGAAGGAGAGCGGGAAAAAGGAGACAGGACGACGAAACAAAAGGCGAGAUUAGGUUACAUUCGCUUUUGGAACUUGUCGCAACUUAAAGGAAAGACAUUUCUCCUCUAAGAACUACCCUGCCAUCAUGCCUUUGCCCUAUAAUCAAAUCUCCUUCUUAAGCCCUUGGGACAGAAAGCUGGGCUUUUGUACUCCCCUACCCCUAUAUCACCGGAAAGGCUGGACAUCUUGUAGGGCUGUAUCAUAUUUGUAUAUAUUGUACAGAUUUGUCAUUUCUUACAUCCUUUACAUACUUACAGAAGCACUUUUGUUUAUGUGAUGAGAGGAGGAAUGGAACUGCCUGUUUUUCUACUUUUGUCAUCCAACGUUUUACAGCACAGUGCAUCAGCAUACAUCACCAUUUUGAUCAAGAAUGUAGGAAAAAUGAAAAGUUUUGAGCUUUAUCAGUACUAUAAAUUUGGUACAUAUCUGACUGUAGACAAACAUACAUAUGUAUGGCUAUCUGCCUUAAUUAAAGUCAAAUGCAAACGUACAUUGGGGACAAUCCCUCGACCAAAGAAGCACCAACACUACAAAUAUGAAGUUCCAUACCUCUUCCCAGACCCUACCUCUACCAGCCCAUACUCUCCCCAACCAUCUCCAUUAUUUCACAAAAGAUCGCCAUCACCUUUAUUUUUUAAGCACUUGGUUUGUAUAUUACUGUGAUAUAUGAAUAUAUGUAUCUAUUAUAAAUAUAUAUAUUUUACGAAGAAAUUUGAAUACAAAUCCAACAAAAAUGCGACAAACAUGCAAUGGUAAAAGAGGGUUUUGAAAGUGACCAUCCUAUUAUGAAUCACAAUUAUUGUACAGCCACAUUGUCCUCUGUUGCUACAGGACCCAUUUGAAUUAAAAGCCUCUCUCUUGAUUGUUAAGCUUUAGCAUUAAUCAUUUGUUAAUGCCCUGUUUACACAGAAAUGGCCGUCCGCAUUGGAGCGCCAACAGCACUGAAUGGAGAACACAUUGUUUCCUGAGGCCAGAGCCUCAAUAAAAUGUUUGGAUUUCUUAACCUUUAACCAGCCUUUAAAUAUUCGGUGGAAUUCACCAGCUGCAGGCUUUAAGCCUUUAGUUUAUUUGAGCUUUAUCAACCAUAUCUUGUUGUUGUUACCAUUCACUGGCCCAAUGUAUUUAUUUCCCUGUUCUCCACGUGCCCAUCACUGUAAAAAAAAAAGCCCACAGGAACAUAGACGGAGAAUGUGUACAGACCUAUUUAGAUACAUAUCGCAGCCUUGAGUUUGAACUGUAAUGCAGGCAUGGGAUGCUCGGGGGCAAAUGCAGAAGGUCGCAUUCAUGUAAACACACUACAGUGCACUGAGUUCUGAACAGGUUCCUCUCGUGUAAACCAAAACAGCGUUUAUGUGAAAUGAGGUUUUGUAGUGUGACCAAACAUGGCCCUUGAGAUUUAUAUUAUCGCCCAGGUAAUUGAGUCAUCUCUAAAUAAAAGCAAACAAAAUUCUCUAACCCUCCAAUGGGCAACAGAUGUCAAAUUCCCAAACAACUAUCUGAGGUUAAAUUAAUCAAGACAAUGACCUCCCUUGUUUCCCAUGUGCCUCCAUUUAUAAUUUCAGGGGUUAUUCAUUCCCUUUCUCAUUGUAGUUCUGCUUUUGGGCAGUGAUGAAUUGCCUGCACUGGAUCUUAGUUUAACAAGUCUAUGUACCAUGUUUGGCUUUUUGGUGCUUGUGUAUAAAUGUAAAGCUCCCCCCCACCCCCCACCCCCCAACCCUUGAACAACACUGUAAUGUUUAUUUCAUUGGUUUUAUAUCCUCUUUUUUCAUCAAGGUGUUGUUCUGUUUUGCUCUAUUCUGUGUUUCUCUCUCCUGUUGACUGUGAUGACAUGUAUUUGCCUCAUUCCUCCUCCUCCCGCCUCCCCCCCCUUUUCUCAGUGUGUAUUAAUCAGUAAUGUUUGUGGUUUUUGCUGAUGGUUUUAUGAAAAAGACAAUGGAAAAAAAAAAGAAACAGGCGAAGAUAGCAUGGUGUGUAGAGAUGGGUGGUGGUUGGUCUGGUUGGUCAUUACCAUCGCUUCCUUUUGACAUGAAUAUGUAUGUAAAGACACUAAUGUUCAUUGUGGAAGAUGGGAGCAUUUCAAGAUCGAAAAAUUAAAAAAAAAAAAAGGAUGUUGACCAUA